GAACACAGAAGAAAACUCCGGUCCGAGACCUUGACAGAGCUCCGGUUCAAGGUCUCACCUGAGAUGACCUCUGACGGGGUGUCACUCUUGUUAUUUAUUUUUAUAGGGGCGAUAUAAAGGGGCCACGAAAUACUAGGAGGCCUAGUGGUCCGGAUCUGGAGACACCUGUAUGGGUCAAACUAGAACGACUCUGGGACUAGUCAUCGGAUUAGUUAACGACGUAGGGCAUUAAUGGCCUUGAAGUGUUAACACUCAAGAGAUUAAGACGAUUGUAAGUCUGUUGUGCGAGAGAAGAGUUCCGUACGUAAACGAGCGAGGAAGCUCGUAAGGACUGCCUGUCAGUGUCCCCGACGCGCCAAGCAUGUGGAACUAAGUACAGAAAUACAAACACGUACACAGAGACACUUACCAAAAUGUCCGAAGUGCGAUCCGUUGACAGGCCGCCAGACGGCGGGUGGGGUUGGGUAGUGGUGGCCAGCACGUUCUUCGUUCACGUGCUUGUGAUCGGGAACAUGCAGUCUUUCGGAGUGUUCUUCGCAGAGUUCCGGGAAGUUUUCCAGGAGGGUGCCGGGAUCACGUCCUUCAUCAGUUCCAUCCUAGGGGGUAUGCUGUUGAUGUGUUCUGUGUUUGCCGGUGCUCUGAGCAACCUGACCAGCUGCCGUACUGUGAUCAUCGCAGGGGGCGUCAUUUCUGCCGUGGGGCUUGUCGUCAGCUUCUUCGCACAGACGAUGAUACACCUGUUCUUCAGCCUUGGGGCCCUCACAGGAUUUGGCUUCUCGCUGAUGCACUCCCCAAGCCUGGCAAUGAUUGGACGCUACUUUGACAAGCGGCACGCCACAGCCAAUGGAAUCGCAGUUUGUGGAACGGGGAUCGGCAUCUUCGCUUUUCCUCCUCUCUACCAGUUCCUCAUCGACGAAUUCGGGUGGAGAGGGGCUUUGCUGAUUGUGGCCGGCAUACCUUUGAACGGCUGCGUCUGUGGUGCCCUGAUGAGACCAAUAAAACUUAAAGAAGAUCGCAAGGAUGAAAAAGUCGACAUCGAACCCCAGGGAAGUACUGAUCAAGAACAAAAGAAAAGGCUCCUUCAUUUCUGUGAGAAAGUCAUGGAAGCGUUUGACGUGACCUUACUGAAACACCGUCCUUUCCUUGUUUACUGUGUGUCGCUAUUCGGUACCUCGCUGGGCAAUUCCAUGAUAUUUGUGCACCUUGUAGCCCAUGCUCAACACAUUGGAGUGGAGAAGACGCCAGCCGCUUUUCUACUGUCAAUCUUGGGAAUCUCAGAGGCGGUGUCAAGGCCGUUACACGGGUGGCUGUCGGACAGGGUACACAUCAGCAAGCUCUACUAUAACAUGAUCGGAAAUACCGGACUGGCCAUACUUAACUUCGCCAUACCGUUCGGGAGAACCUACACGGGCCUUGUGGUGUGCAUGGUGUUGUACGGAUUUCUCUCAGGCCCAUUUAAUGCACUCAUAGCCGUGAUGGUGAAGAUGUACAGCAGCGUUUCCAGGAUUUCCAGUGGGCUGGGGUGGGCGCUCGUCUUCGAGGGACCCGCCUACCUACUCGGGCCACCUAUUGCGGGUUGGCUCUAUGACGCAACGGGCAACUACGACAUGUCUUUCUACGCGGCUGGUAUCUUCAUCUUCCUGUCUGCGGUCGUUCUUCUCCUCAAUCCUUGUUCAACAACAAGAGGGUCAUCCUCACUUAGUUCUAACACCAGUGAGACCAAUCAGAACGGAAUCAAGAUAGUCGCUUUCAGAAAUCUGGGUAGAGAAACUGGGAGGAUUGACUUAUCAGGCCAAAUCAACCUUGGUUUUUAGGCAUAAUUGGUAUAUUUUAGUGUGUACAUGUUGGCAGCACUGCCCAACCCCGCUAUAGCGUUUGCACUACUGCGUGGCCCAAGGGCUAUAGAAAUAGAGAUGUACACAGCCUUAUACCCCUAAAGGUAGGUUUGAGACGCAUUCAAGGAACUGUCAAAAACUUUAAAUACAAAGAAAUUUGGAGUUUGAAUAAUUAAGGGGCCUUGUCAGACUCAACCGGCAUAUAUUGACAGACUUUGAAAGUAGAAAAACAGGUCCGGGUUAGCAAGAUCUCACCUGAGAUUACCUUUGACUCCGUGUCACUCUUGUUAUUUAUAGUGUAAAAAGACAUGGGUGAGAUAACAUUCUUUAAGGCGGUCACG